CCAAAACAAUAAGGCGGUCAAUUUGGUUUUACUUUCUUGCUCGCUGUGGCUCUUGUUGUUACCAAUGAGUACUUUUUCAAGUGAAAGAAGUCAAGACGAGAAGUCUUCUACGAGGCUUCGCUCACCUAGUAAGAGGAGAUCAAGAAGUCGUUCUCCUCAGCGGACUCGAGUCACCUCAAAACGUGUAGUUAUUGCAAACAUCCCAUAUGAUUUAAAUUGGCAAAAGUUAAAGGAGCUGUUUAGAGAACAAAUCGGGUUUACUGGGUUUUUACAGUUGUUUAAGAAAAAUGGCAAACCUAACGGGAUGGGUUUGAUGGAGUUUAAGACACUCGAAGGGGCACAAAAAGCUAUUGAAAUAAUGCAUAGAUUUGAAGUUGGCGACAGAAAGUUGGUUGUUCGGCAGGAGACAGCUCGUGAUGCUGCUCGCUUAGCAUCAAUGGAAGUUGACGGAGGGCUUCUAAGUGAUUCCAUCAAUCCUAACGAGUCUGUAAACAUGGCAGCAUCGGGGCCUGUUUUCAAUCCCCAGAUGUUAGGUCAGGUCGGCAUAGAUGGUCCGGUUACUGAUUCUGUUUACGUCAGCAAUCUUGACUAUAGCGUAACAUGGCAGAAACUCAAAGAUGUAUUCAAAGCAGCUGGAAAAAUUGUCAGUUCGGUUAUCAAAACAGAUUCAGAAGGAAAUUCUCGUGGCGUUGGAAUAUUAAAAUUUUCGAAUGCUUAUGAAGCUGUCCAAGCCGUUAAUAUGUUUAAUAACCAGAUAUUAAAAGACAGGCCAAUGCGUGUGAAGAUUGAUCGUCAGGGUACUCCUGCUUCGACGAACGUAUUCUAUCCUGCAUCACAAAGAACCGGUUCAUCUGGAAUUCUGGGUUCCACCGGUGCAAUGAUCCCUUCCAAUCCUAUGCUAGCUGGUCAACAACAACCAUCAAAUGUUAUUGCUGCCCUUAUGACCUUACUUGGUUUGAAAACAAAUGUAGAUUCAAAUCCUCAAAGUAGCAUAAUUGAAGUUCUUCGUAAUUUGUCAUCGAAUACAAAUCUUUCUGGCGGUUUGAAUACUGGACUAUCUAAUAACUCUUCAAACUUUAUUGGUCAGUCACUUCCAGAUUCUUCACCAGGUUCAGGAAUAAAUCGAUCCUAUUCAAGUCAAAUUCCUCAAGAUGGCUUACAACAAUUAAUUUCAGCAGCUGUCGCUGGUGGAAUGUCUCAAUCACAAAUAACCUCUGUAUUAUCGACCCUUGGUUUAUUUCAGAAUUCUCAUUCGGAUCAGUCUGGUCAGUUAAAUGCUUCGAAUAUUAUUGGUCGAGAUGGUGGUAGUGGGGUUGGUGGUGGUGGUGGUGGUGGUGACCGGAGCGUUGAUAGAUCACGUUUUGACAAUGGCUAUGUUGGUCGUUCAAAGUAUGAAAAUUCAGGUAAUUAUGGAAUUGAUUCUCGGACUAGUAGACAAGAUGCAUACAACAUUGGCGGUUCUUUAGUAAGAUCCACAGGAUCACCGAAUCUCCCAGGUCGUGGAGGUUAUUCUAGAUCAUCUGAACGAGGACGUGACGAAAACGGUCAACCAUAUCACAAUGAUCGACAUCAAAUGCCUGAAAAAGUAGUUGUGAAAAAUCUUCCAUUCUCAUUUGAUGCACAUGAUGUGAAACGAAUAUUCAGGGAAGUUGGAGAUUUAAACGCUUGUAAUCUGGUAACUGAUUCUCAAGGCCGCUCGCAAGGAAUCGCAUUUCUCACCUAUGCAGAUGUUGAUGGUAUUUAUCGUGCGAUAGAUACUUUUAAUGGUAAAAUGUUUGAAGGACGACGACUUCGAGUGCAUGCUGAAUAAUAGUAUAUUAUUAGAAAAUUCACUCUCCAUAUUGUGUUGUGCAUUGUCGCUCCUUGGAGUGUUGUUGUUGUUGUUGUUCUAUGACGACAAUCGAUUUGUGUGUGUCUACUGUAUAUCGAUAUGUAUUAUUAUCAUUAUCAUUAUUAUUAUGAUUAUGAUUAUUAUUAUAUUUUCUAAUUGUGAAUGAAAAUUGUUAGGUACAUGAAAUUCUUUUCAUUGCGCAUACAUGAUAAUAGUGAUAAUAAUAAUAAUAAUAGUAAUAAUAAUAAUAAUAAUAAUAAUAAUAAUAAUAAUAGUUACAACUACAUAUGCGUAUGCAUAUAUAUAAAUGAAAUGUUUUAUUUGUUGUUUACUACUAGUACUACUACUACUACUACUAACUACUACCAUUUCCUGAAUUUUCUAUCUUUUUUUUUAUACUCUUAUUAUUGUGUCAUUGUUGCCUUCAACGCAUUUCACAUUGUAUUGUAUUGUAUUGUUUGUUUUUCCAAUGUUUUUGUCACUUUCAUUUUUCAUGCUGCUGUUAUUUAUUAUGCUGCUCUUUUUAAAAAGAAACAUCAACCAAUUUCAUCACUAAUAAUAAUAAUAAUUAGUGGUAAUGAAA